AUGAAGCCAUUUAACAAUUUUUCAAAUAAAAUGCAAACUGAACCAAAUUAUGAUUAUGACGACAACAAUAUUAUUUCAAUCAAAAUGACAAAGUUAUUUCCUAAAGUUCCAAAAUCUUUAUUAGAAGCAAAAGCUAUGAUAUAUGAAUGCAAAACAGAUUUUUUUUCAAAGGGUGAGCAAUUUUGUUCUAUGGAAUCUGCUGAUAGUAUUCCUAUUUUUACGACUGCUAGUAACUUGUCACUAUUAAAUAAUGCGCAACAUGUAUUUGCUGACGGUACUUUUUCAUACGCGCCUAAACAUUUCCUACAAAUGUAUACGAUAUAUGUACACAUAAAUGGAUUCUAUCUACCAAUUAUUUAUGUUUUUAUAUGCUGGAGAAGGUAA